CCACUACCUUCCACAUCUUUGGAUCGCCUCUUGCACUCAAUGAUGUGGUGGACAGUCUUCGCAAGAAGCUUGGUUCAGGCAUGGCGAGACUUUAUCAGUGUCUUUUCAACAUGGAGGCGGUGGGUUUUUGCACUCGUCUACUUUGGGUGGUUCUUUGUUCUUUUUAAUACUUUGGGCAUUUUCGGGUAUCCAGGCUUUAAUUAUUAUUCUACCGCAUGCGCUCCCGGUGGAGAAUUCCUCCUAUUCCCAGGGGGAUAUUCCCCUUGGAGUGCUUCUGGCUUCUUUCAGGUUGGAUUAUCAUUUGGAGAGCUCACUUUUGGGCAAGCAAAAGGCAUUGAUAUCGCGUGGGACAUAGUGGCAGGUCGUGGAGGUCAGUUUAUAAUGGCUUGGAUGAGUUGGCGCACAUUUGUGUACUACCUGACUACAAGCAUGGAAACAGGGCCAGUGACUUACAGCUCAUUCAGAGCCGUUUUCAUCGAGAAAGGACCAAGCAUAACCUCUAUUGUUCGAUUAAUACGCGAUUUUGUGUCUCGCAAGGGUCUACGAUCACAAAUCGCCUCCGUUUUUAUUAUAGCUAGUAUGGCAUUCAUACUUGCAUUCCCUACUCUAGCUAGUGCGAUGUCUGGUUAUACUAGCGUAGUCGCAGCUCAGAUCGUUGACCCAGAGAGUAACAUGAUUCCGUUCACAAAAUUUGGAUUAGUAGUGUACACCAUUCAUGAUGGCGAUCGAAUUGGGGAGCGCAAAGAUUUUCCGGUUAUACACCAAAACGACGCUGAGGAUCCCUACGCGUGGUUCUCUGCUACAGCAUACAAAUCAUACAUCAGUCCAACUGAUCGUAGCAACACCACUCUACUUGAUUGCAUUAAGUAUGUUGAGAGGUUCACCGAUAUGCCUAAAGAUGAACCUUCCCAAUUUGGAAACUGGACCCUCGAUGCCCCAACUCUUAAUAUCACCUCGUAUUUUGAUGACAUAGGCCAUCAAGUAGAAGGUCGAAAUCUGAGUUGGGUGUACGAUGGUGUUUUCUACGAUCAACAAUAUUUCGAAGCGGAGGUCAAUGGCAUCAGAAAUGGGACGUGCCAACCCACCCAGAAAUACUCAUGGGGAUUCUCAUAUACGCAGUUGUUCAUCGUUGUUGUCCUACUCAUACUCUGGAGCAUUGGAUUAUCAAUCAUGUACGUAGACGCCAAACGUACCAUGUUUGAACGCGGCCGCUCUAGCGUCGACGGAGAGUACAAAGCAGUCAUUAGUCUUGCAGCUGCGAUAGAGAAGGAUCUGAAUCUCAAUUUACACGCCCCAGGAACGGAAAGUGGUAUCAGGAAUCGAGUCCGAGCAGCCCGGGGUGGCAGCGUCGUAUAUUCAGCACCAAAGUCCUUCAGAUAUCAAACAAAACGCCAUCGUUUGAAGAUGUGGCUUCGAACCGAAAAAUGGUGGCUAUUGGUCAUGCUUUUACCCGUGGUGUAUAUCAUUGUCAAUGAAGCCAUAAAAAGAACUCAGGAGGUGGGGUCCUUUCGUGUGUUCUACAUAAGGAAUUAUUUGUCGAUUGGAUUCAGCGGACCUUUAUGUGGGGUUGUUAUUGCGUUGCUGAUGGGAACAACAACGGGAAGCCGAGUUGUGUAUAUCACAAUUUGUACGGUGGUAACUUUUGUCGGAUUUGUUCCAUUUGCUCUAGCAUAGAUUAACUUGAAUAUAUAUUGACUUGAAUCCUCCAGCCAUGCGCAGUAUUUUUUCCGUUGCUACCACUAAUAAUGGGAUAACUAAUACUUUCAUAGUCUCAGAUCCCGCUAAACGCACUGUCAUACACAAAGUGCGAGAUUAGAACAGUAGAAAGUGAGCAUAGGAGUCUAGGAGAAUCCAAUUGAAGACAGGACGCAAAAUCUCCCCCUCUCUUUGUUAUGUUACUCGGUGACACCCGCCUUAGAGCCUUAGCACAGACACGACUCCUUACAACAUCACCUAGACUGAGCCCCAGCUUCCCAGAUCUCCGAAAACAGAUCAUCCUUCGAGUUACGCGCGCAAUGGAACUCGUAUAAAUAUCAC